UGCAUUCCUCCGUCUCCCAUUCCCUGCUUUCAUGAAUUGGCUUGUCAAUCAAAGGGCUAUUAUGUUUUCUUCCUGGUUAGCUGCAGAGUGAAAGAGGAGCAACGUUCGGCAUAUUUCACACUGAUUAGUGAAAGGGGAGAGACCAUGUGGAAGUCACAUGAGCGACAAGGAUGAGGAAAAAACAACUGGGAGAGGACUACUACCGCCUAACUUGUCAAUCCGACUGGGGAUUUGCUGCUUCCGAAGCUUGGCUGGGACAGCCUAGCAGCCCCUGACUCACCCUCUACCCACACAUAUGCAAUGAACAGCACUACUCAGCCCCCUGCCCCCAUAGACAGGGAUGUGGCAGUCAGCUCAUUGUUGGUACCAUUCUUCCUGAUCACCUUCAUCGGGAUAGCUGCAGCUGUGGUGCUGUAUGUGCGCAAGAAGAGAAGAAUUGACAGGCUUCGGCACCAGUUGCUUCCAGUCUAUACUUACGACCCCUCUGAAGAAUUACAUGAAGUUGAACAGGAAAUGCUGUGGAAAGAGGAAGAUACUAAGGUGGUGAAGGGUUGGGCACGAUCAUACCAGCAGCAAAGACCCCUGUUGAUGAAAGAUACCCAUGCAUGAGUGUGUUGGAGCAGGACAUAGAUCUGUGACAUCAUACAGAUCAGUGGAGUUAACCCUUGAGAUGCCAGAUUUGUCAGUCAUUCAACAUAAAGGGGUUUUAGGAAAAGCAUGGAGCCUGUCAUGCAUUUCACAUCAUACUCCUCCUCAGUCAUCAUCUCUGUUGGAGCAUUUACUUUGUACAGCGUCAGCCUCUAAGCUAAGAGGAGUUUGGUUAUUAUGUGAUUGUGAACCUCUGAUGCCAUGCCCCUGUGCCCGAAAGCUGCGACAUACCCUAAACCACGACAUGUUGGCUAACUACUGGUGGACAUUUUAUUUAUUUGAGAUUAUUUAUUCAAGUUUUUUAAAGUUUUUUUUACUGUGUUUGUGUGUGUCAUAAUGUGGGCGUUACUGAAACUAAGAUGGUGCCAUCCAUCCAAACAAGAUACUGGUGUUACAUUUGCCUUAAAUGUCUAUUGUUUCCAGUGAGAUUAGCAAAGCCUUGACCUUGGGUGGGAUGCUUACCGUUGUACUACUAGUUUUAGUGGUGUAAAAGGUUACUAUAUCCCUCACUAUUCAAUGUAAUAGAAGUUACACAGAAGGUAUGCAAUCAAUCAAUUUGAUUUCUUAAGUUGCUGUUUUGUUUCCCUGUUUGUGGCACUUUGAAUGCCAUUAUGAAAGCAACCAAAACAAUACCUCCUCCUCAUCAUACAGAUACUGUAUGUUAUGAUGAAAAGGUGGUGAAAUCAGAAGGAGAAUGUAUAGAGAGAGAAGAGAUGGCAAAUUAAUGUAACUAGUCAACCAACCUCCCCCUACCCCACCCACUCCCCUCCACUAUUUAGCUGUGACUACUGCCCUAAAAAUGUCCUGUUGGGAAGACAGGGCACCAGGAGGAUUGUUCUUCUAGCAGAAGAAUCUCUUUUGAAGAAUACCAUAGGCCUGACUGUAUACAGUACUCAGGAAACAUCAGCCACCCAUAUUUUUUAAUAAAUAAGUGACCAGUGAUUCAUCCUUGAAUUAUAUGUGCUCUAAGUUACCCUCCUUUCCUCCUUGCAUUUGUGAAUGUCAUGUAUUCAGGAUGAGAAGGAUGAAGGCUUCCAUUGAAAUCAAUCAUCUUAUCAGCACAUGUAUAUGUACAGUAUGUUGGAAUCCACUUGAUAAGAAUUUAAACAUACACUGUGUACAAAGCAUUAACAACACCUUCCUAAUAUUGAGUAUUGCCUCAAUUCACCUGGGCAUGGACUCUGCAAUGUGUCGCAAGCAUUUCACCGGGAUGCUGGCCCAUGUUGACUCAAAUGCUUCCCACAGUUGUGUCAAGUUGGCUGGAUGUCUUUUGGGUGGUGGACCAUUCUUGAUAUACACGGGAAACUGUUGAGUGUGAAGAACUCGGCAGCGCUGCAGUUCUUGACACACUGGUGCACCUGGCACCUACUCCCAUACCCCAUUCAAAGGCACUUAAAUCUUUUGUCUUGCCAAUUCACCUUAUGAAAGGCACACAUCCACAAUUCAUGUCCAUACACAACACAAUCCAAGGCUUAAAAAUCAUUCUUUAACCUGUCUCCUUCCCUUCAUCUACACUGAUUGAUGUGGAUUUAACAAGUGACAUCAAUAAGGGAUCGUAGCUUUCACCUGGUCAGUCGAUGUCAUGGAAAGAGCAGGUGUUCAUAAUAUUUUGUACACGCAUUGUACAUCAGGUAUUUCAAUUUAUUUUAAUGUGGAAUUGAAACUUUUGACAUGAAUAGUUGACUUUCUCCUGAAUGCGAACUGCUACAUUACUCUCCACUAUUUAUAAAGUCUAUGAUUUAAUUCCCAUGCACAUUAAACAUAUGCAUGAUGUUAAUUAGCCUAUCAGAAGCUUCUAAAGCCAUGACAUCAUUUUCUGGAAUUUUCCAAGCUGUUUAAAGGCACAGUCAACUUAGUGUGUAAACUUCUGACCCACUGGAAUUGUGAUACAGUGAAUUAUAAGUGAAAUACUGAACUGUAAACCAUUGUUGGACAAAUUUGUGUCAUGCAUAAAGUAGAUGUCCUAACCGACUUGACAAAACUAUAGUUUGUAAACAAGACAUUUGUGGAGUGGUUGAAAAACGAGUUUUAAUGACUCCAACCUAAGUGUAUGUAAACUUCUGACUUCAACUGUAAUAAUGCAUUUGAUUAAAAUGCAUUGCACUGUUCCAAACAUUGCUACCCUGCUUACUAUUAACAGUUUCUUUGGGGAAUUGCCAUGGCGAGUUCUGAAGAAACCCAGAAUAUAAACUACUGAUGAAAAUACAUUUUUUAAAUGUAAUUUUGACUGUUAAAGGUUUCACACACUUGUUAAAAUACUGAAUAUUCGUGUUUCUUGAUUUUACUGUCCAUGAAGUAAACUUGUAUAUAUCUUAGUGAGUAAAUGGACUUUUUAUGGAUGGUCUGGAUGUAAAGUAUAGCAAAAAUAAAAUGGAAAGAGGAGUACAUA